AUGUCUACUGUUGAAUCACACGAAUCUACACUUGCAUUCUCUUUAUUAGUUUUAAUUGAGAGGCUUCGAUGCUACAUGAUGUCCCGUCUCUGUGAAGACUCUGCAGCCUCUCUGGCGGCCGCAAGCAUCGACCUCGAAGUCAGAAUCGAAGACCAAUUAAAACACUUCUCAGACAUCCGAUUCCCAGGCGCUAAGCACGCGGACAGCUGGCUCAAGGCUCGCGAACACGUCAAGAACAUGUUCGAGGAAUUUGGACUCGAGGUCGAGACGCAGAGGUUCACGACGACGGUGUUGACGGCGGAGGGAGAGGCGCGAGAAGUCGAAGGCGCCAACAUCAUCGGCAUCGCGCGGGCGUCCACCCACAGGACGGGCGGCGUGGUGGUCGUGGGCGCCGACUACGACACCAGCGCCCACGGGGAACCAAGUCCUCUCUUCAACAACGGCGCGGGCGUGGGGGCGCUGCUGGAGACGGCGAGGCUGUUCGCGAAGAAUGUGGACCCGAUGGGCGGCCUCGGGUUGGACCGCACGACCGUCUUCGUGGCCUUCGACCUUAAUACGAAGGAACAUAUGAGCGGCCCUGGGAAGCCCGGCGGAUGGUACUUCGUGAACGAAUGGUUGUGGGAAUUCCUGAACUAUUCUGACGCGGCGUUCGGGGGAGCCUUCGUUCUCGACUCCCUCAUGAACGUCAAUCUGGAAGCCAAUUCUCAGGACGCACAUGAGGACUUCCGGUUGAUGUUCCCUGACACGCACUCCCGCAUCGUCCAGUCAAACAACAGGGGCAAUUUUCUGGCCGUCGUUUCGUUGCCUGGAGAAAAAACUUCGAAGCUGAAGGAUCGGUUUGAGGGGAACUAUAACGAGCACCGCACCUCAGACUCCUUCCGCCUGGAGGUCAUGACCUCCCGACAAAGCUUUUCCGGUGACUCUUUUCCGGCUGACGACCAAGACACGUGCACUUCUGGUCCUUCGCCAACGGGAGAGUGA